CCACCAGCCCGGCCAUGGUGACGCUGGGGCUGCGGCGAGUGGAGGAUGAGGUGGCCGCCAAGCACCCGGCGCUGCAGCAGUACGCGGCCUGCCAGUCCCACGCCUUCCUGAAGGGCAUCGGCACCUUCCUGGCAGGCAGCGGGGCCGCCUUCGCGGUGCAGAAGCUGGUGAACAGGAAGGUGCCCUACAGCCUCCAGUGGAGCUUGCUGCUGGCCGGCGAUGCCCUUGCUGUUACCUUUCUCAGGAGCAUCUUGGUCUCUUCAGCUGCAGGGUCCCUCGCCAGCUACGUGGUAACCAGAGCUGAGACACAGAAAUGCUCCGACUUCUGGAUUUACCUGGAGACAGGCAAGUUCCCACAAGAGCUCGCCAUGGCUGGUGGAGUGUCUCAGCCUGCAGAUCUGCCUAGUCCGGAGGACAGAGGGAGUGCGGCACCCCCGGUGAGGAAGAACAAGUAUGGGGACAUUGUGGAGUAGCUGGUAGAGCCCAGAGCACCAUGCCUGUGU